CAACUUUACCAGCGACACUUCUACGUCCACUUCUACUCAUUAUCUCUGCUUGCUCCUUGAAGAAUGGCCUCCGUUAUUGCAGCAGGACUCGGUGUCGCUGUCGCUGCAACAGCCGGCAAGAUUGGUAUCCGUGCAUGGCAGAAGUAUACCAUGCAAAAAGGCGGCGGUGCAGCGAUGGCGUUCUAUAAAGGCGGGUUUGCGCCCAAGAUGGACAGACUCGAGGCGUCGCGUAUCCUCGGCAUCAAUGAAAAGGCCUCCAUCACAUCCAAGAAGCUCAAGGAAGCGCAUCGCAGGAUCAUGGUCAUCAACCAUCCAGACCGCGGCGGCAGUCCCUACGUUGCGAGUAAGAUCAAUGAAGCCAAGGAUGUCAUUGAAAAGUCUGGUGCUAUACGCAAUUGAUACACAUCAUGUAUAAUCCCCAUUCCACUUGCAUGUCCCC